CAAGGAUGGAUCUUAAUGACCAAAACUGAUAUAUGGUAAUUUCUACAUUGGAUCACAUGACUCGUUUACCCUCAGAAUCAAUCAAGAUGAAUUGCACGUCAGCUUACGUUCCCAAUCUUUUUUUUCUUUCGCCGACCCGUUCAUACGCCUUUAGAGUAGAAUAGAUGGAGCAUGCUUAACGCCAUCAAUCCUGAUAAUUUGUUCUCGAAACCACGAAAACAAAACAUGACUGAGUUUGAAGAGCGUGGUAGCUGCAACUCCAGCAUGUAUCUACCCAGCUGCACCUACUAUGUUUCAGGCCAAGAUUUCUCGACAGUGUCAACGUUCUUACCGCAGACGACUUCUUGCCAAAUGACAUUUCCUUACUCCUCUAAUUUAGCCCAGGUCCAACCUGUUCGCGAAGUAUCGUUCAGAGACUACGGGUUAGAACUUCCGACCAAGUGGCAUUACAGGGGCAACUAUACUCCCUAUUGCCCUGCAGAAGAGAUCAUGCACAGAGACUAUAUCCAGCCACCGGCCAGGACGGGAAUGUUGUUUAAAAAUGAUAAUCUAUACAGUCAGCGUGCAAGCUCAAAUCCAUCUUGCAAUUUCUACACCACAGUUGGCAGGAAUGGAAUACUCCCGCAAGGUUUUGAUCAGUUUUUUGAGACAGCCUAUGGGAUUCCCGACACUUCUAAUUAUGAACAUUUGACCGAAAAGUCCGUGUCUACGUGCCAGAGUGUUACAACGUCUGAUAAAGUUUCUGUGGACCAGACGAAAGAAAUUGCAACCGAAAAGAACACUGGCGAGUCCUCCGGUAACAGUGUGGCCGACAAAGACAGCCUAUCCACUGCUCUGCGAUCCAGAAAGAAAAGAUGCCCCUAUACCAAAUAUCAGAUCCGGGAACUUGAGCGAGAAUUUUUCUUCAAUGUCUACAUCAACAAAGAAAAACGCUUGCAAUUGUCGAGGAUGCUGAACCUCACCGACCGACAAGUCAAAAUAUGGUUCCAGAAUCGUAGAAUGAAGGAGAAGAAACUUAGCAGAGACCGUCUGCACUUUUUUACUGGUAAUCCUUUAUUGUGACUAUGAUACAGCAUACAUACCCUGAUGGACUCCCUUUGGCCGACUCUUCAUUGCCUUAGUCAAUAUUUAUUUACACAAGGAGGGACUGCAAGUUUGAUGGAAACGGUUUUGCUGUUCUUGUAUGGAAAACAAUUUAAACGAUUAACAUAGAAUUGAAUUUGAGAUGACGCGAUGGUGCAGAUAACAUGGACGUAAUGUUGAUUAGGAAACAUUCUUACCUCAGCAUAGAUGUUAUUCCGUUCCAAAGGAAGAAGUUUGAUUCUGCGGGAUAUUCAGGGACAAUAAACGGUUUUCAUUUUAAACAGCAAACUGGGGUAAGGGAGGGCUAAAAUUAAAUAUUGUUAGUUCACAGCGAUGGGUCAAUCACAUAAGACAAUGUGCUCGAUUUCUUCUUUUAGUCGAUGUUAGCCAAACUAACCAGAAUUGUUUAAGUUGUGUAUUCCGGUGAAAAGAAGAAAUGCAUAUUUAUUACUUUACCCUUCCAGUCUAUGUCAUGAGAUAAUUGUAAUAUACUGUAGCUAGGGACGUUUAAAGCUGAUGUGAUGUUAAUAAUAAUGUUUCCGGGUUACCCACUAAUAUGACAUUUCACGGUAAACGCAUGUGAUAGGAUGUCUUUCCUUUCCAAAUAAACAUUCAAUAUGUUAAUAUUAAAAUUUCAAUAUGUUAUUCCAAAUAUUUCAAAUAAAACAUCAUUUUACGAUAAAACGACCAUUUGCGUCUUUAUAAGAAAAUUCCGUGCAAAUGGUUCCAAAGACCACCGUCAAAUAACAUAAUUAUUCUUAAAUUCUGCAAUAUAACGAAAAGCAAACCUUAUAGUUUAAUGGAUUAAUUACAAAAUAGUGGAAACCGGAAAUAUAAUCCGUGUUGCCUAAUCUCUUGACUAUUUUCAGCAUAUGUGGACCCCAGGUUCUUAUGUUUCACGUCUCUGUGAGCAGCCAUUUAGCAUACAGCCUUGAUACAAAAAUGGAAACACAAAUGUGCUCUAUUUUAGAUGUAAAGCUAUAUGUUAAACUGAAGUUUUGCUUCUUAAGCAUAAUAGAAAGUUGUAAUUUGUUUUUAUAAAUAUUUGAUUUAAUAUCAUUAUCAGUCAGUACCUGGAAAUCAAUUGAUGGGUCUAUUUCGAUUACUUGUGAAGACAAAGGACAAAUAGCAACAUAUGUGAACAAUUAGCUGAAUUUCAGCUGAAGGGAGGCACUUAAAUGUAUACAUAAGUUCGGACAACUUGUAGCUCACCUCGGAGACUUAUUAGAAGAGCGAGUUAAGCUUCGCAAAACUCUUCGAAAAAGAAUUGCCAAAUUUCCGUGCCGCAUGACAUGGCUUUGCUGUUUACAAAACCUUGAACUGUCUAGACAACAUCGUAAAGUUCACUGCUCCAAACAGCUUAAUGGCGACUUAUUGCACCUUCUAGUCACGAAGAUGGGCUUCCGCAUUCUAUACCAAACAAAAGGACCGAAGGAAAUCAAAGUAAAUAGGGGCGACCAGAUGAUUUAAAAAAGGAAGAAACCUCAACAUCAAUUACAUUAAUAAAGUUUCACAUUUGAAAAAAAAAAGUUUAACAAAACCUGGAUCGUGCAUAAAUUAAGUCCAUUGAAUCUGUCAAACUUAAUGAAGACCAGGAUGAUGCUCAAAAAGUGGUGUCGUCUCCUGAGCAUACUAAAGCAUAUUUCGUGAAGAGGAUGCUUAUAAUGUUGCCUUUGAACUUCUAUAAAGUCAAGGUCAUCACCUUUAACCUUUUUAAAGACAUAGGCGCCUGGUGGCUGUUGGGUUGCUCUUGUAGCUUCCCCAGCUCCAAAGUAAAACAGAUUAUCCAAUGUUUAGAAUAUACUAUUGUGUGCGCAUGCUUAAGUACUCAACUGGUAAAAAUGUAAAAACAAUACUCUUAUUACUAAGCGUUAAGAUUAUAUUCAACAAUACUCUUGAAUGUUGCUAUGAACAUCCAUUUGCUCCUCGCUGGGCUUUACACCGUAUAGUUUAUUCACAUGCGAGCUGAACUAGUCAAAGUAUUCAUCGUAUGUCUGUACACUACACCAAUCAUCCGCGAGGGUCUUGGUUUCCAUGGAAAUGGGAGAAAAUGUAAUUUAUGACUCAAUGGUUGAAGAUUUCCACGUAUGUGUGACACCUCCACAUAUUCCGUGCUCUUAUAAUGUUCAAUUCUUAACUAUGUAGAGGUGAGCCGGUGCAAUUCUUCCUUCAAUUACUCAUAACACAUAAUAUAGUUAGAUUAAGGUUUUAAAAAAUGAACGCAGAGCAGCGAAAAUAAUUUUACAGUGAUACUCUGAACAUUGUCAAAGAUGGUUGCUUUUGUAAAGAGCCACAUGGAGGCGCACUCCAGCCCAUGACCACGACCGCACUUGCAAGCGAGGUCUGUGGCAAUGGCUUUCGGAGAUGAACAUGAAAUUAACUGAUAUAAUGUGAAGCCUUGCAAGCGGUAACGUUCUGCUGCCAUCAGAUAUCUGGAGCAGCAGGCCGAGGAAGGUAGUUAAGUGAAAGGGAGUUCGUUGUAAUGGUAAACUGCGAUUUGUUUUUAUUGGUUUGGUUUAUUAGUCGCUUCGAAGUAAAACAAAUCUUCAUGUGUUCGCUGGAAUGCCAUUCGCUGGAACGCUACAAAAUCAUAUUUAUUAAAAAAUGUCCCAAA